UCCCUUCGCACGGCGGCCGGGAGCCGCUCCGCGGCUGAACCGCCGCAUGGUGCGGCUCCACAUGCCGCGGCUCCGCUCGGCGGCAAGGUGAGUCUCCGGCAGCACCACCUGGGCCGGGGGGGCGAGAGGAACGGGGGGCCGAGCAAAUCCUCCCGACGGGCUCCCAGGCAAGGCCUCCCGGCAGCGGCGGCUGAGCCGGAGCGCGGGGGCGGCGGGCGGGAGCCGGGCGGGGCGCGGACGGCGGCGGGGCCGCCCCUCGGGCAGGCGCGGGCGGCAGCUCCCCCUGGGCCGGCGGUGCUUGGUUUCUCCUGGCAGCGGAGGCAGGGCCAGGCGCGGCGAGGGUGGGCGCGGAGUUGGCGGCGGGGCCGGGGGCAGUUUGUGGCGGCGGAGUGCUCCGGCGGAGUUUGUUCCGCAGGCCAGGCGGGAGGUCUCGCUGCGGGAAGCGGAGCGGAGCCAGUCCCGGAGGGGACGCGCCCGAAGAAGGGACUGCCCGAAGCCGUCCCUCGCCUCGCCGCACCGCCCGGAGCCGGAGGCGCCCGGGGGCGAAAGUUGCGCGGGGGGCCGGGCCGGGCGCGAUGCCGGGGCGCGGCGCGCUCUGCCUGGGGCUGCUGCUGCCCGUCCUGCUGGGCUGCGUCUCGGCGCAGCAGCCCGGCGGCUGCCCGGACCUCUGCGAGUGCUCGGAGCCGGCCAGGACGGUGAAGUGCGUGAAUAGGAACCUGACGGCGGUGCCCCUCGACCUGCCGCCCUACGUCCGCAGCCUCUUCAUCACCGGCAACCCCCUGACCCACCUGCCUGCCGGCGCCUUCUCCGCCCAGCUCCUGCCCGACCUCAGCGCCCUCAACCUCAGCGGCAACCACCUGCAGGCCGUGGAGGCCGGCGCCCUCGCCCUGCCCGCCCUGCGGCAGCUGGACCUCAGCGGCAACGCGCUGGUCUCGCUCAGCCCGCAGGCCUUCGGGGAGGGCGGCAGCCCCCUGGAGGAACUGGCCCUCCGCGGGGCCCUGCGCGACCACGGCGUCCUCUUCAGCCUGGCCGCCUUGCUGCAGUCCGGGGCCCUGCGCAACCUCAGCCGCCUGGACCUGGCCGACAACGGACUGCUGGUGCUGCCCGCCGGCAUGUUCACCGCCCUGCCCGCCCUGCGGCAGCUGGACCUCAGCAACAACUCCCUGGUGGGCCUGCAGAACGUCUCCUUCCAGGGGCUAGGCCAGCUGCAGAGCCUCAACCUCAGCAACAACUCAUUGGCUGUGCUGUGGAACAGCACCUUGACCCAGUUCCGCAGCCUGCCGACCCUCCGGCACAUCGACCUGGACCACAACACCUGGGUCUGCGACUGCCCCAUUGAGGACCUGGUGGCCUGGCUCAAGGAGAGUGACCAGGUGGAGAGCAAAGAAGCUCUGACUUGUGCAUACCCUGACAAGAUGUUGGGUAAAGCCCUGCUGAAGAUCAACAGCUUAGACCUGAACUGCUCUGUGCCCAUAGACCUGCCUUCCCAGCUCCAGACUUCGUACGUCUUCCUGGGGAUAGUCUUGGCUCUCAUUGGGGCCAUAUUCCUCCUGGUUUUGUACUUAAACCGAAAAGGAAUCAAAAAGUGGAUGCACAACAUCAGAGAUGCCUGUAGGGAUCACAUGGAGGGCUAUCACUACAGAUACGAGAUCAACGCAGACCCCAGGUUGACAAACCUCAGCUCCAACUCAGAUGUCUGACAAAGUGCCCCAGAUGCAGGGCAGAGCACAGUACCUAUGCAUGAAAAGUAGACUUAUGCUUUACCCUCAUGCUUGCUUCCCUCUCUUCUGAGGAGUCUCAGACAUGAUUGUUACCUGGGGGGGAUAUGCCUCCUUGUGAUUUCAAGUUCAUUUUUGUUUUGAGAAGCUGGACAGCUGACCAUAACAUUCAGCUGUAUGUAGGAAACAAGCUGCUACCUAUUUUCCACCUUACCUGUCUGUACUUGUGGGAAAUUUUUUUCAAGAUGUCAGAAGAAACGAAAGAAUUUUCUCUGAUGCUCCAAAACCACCAGAGUUUAUAAAACAUUUACCGACACAGAUGUUGUUCAACAAAAGCUGCCUCAACAUUUUUGGAAAAAGAUGUUAUGUCCCUCUGUGCCAGUUUUGGUCUUGUAUAUCCGAAUCAUGAUGCGAUGAUUACAUUUCAUAGACUACCUUGAGAUUUUAAGAAAAUAACUCCUUUUAAAAGCUUCUCAUUUACAUAGGAGGAAAUCAAAUAGUGAGCAUGCACAAACACUGUAUAGUUUUACAUGUUAGAAAAUUUAUGAUCUCAGUAAGUCUCUUACUAUUUUGUAGAUAUUUUUGAUUGCAGUUUACCUGAAUCGAGAGAUUUUUUUAUACAAACUGCAUCUAAACUGCAUCUCAUUUCCUUCUGAACUGUUAAAUUCAAUAAACGGUCUUACAAGAACUGUUGCGUUUGCUAUUCAAUGAGAAAUGUAUGGACAUCUAGGAAUGUGAAUAGCGCUAUAGUCUCAGAAGUAAUACCUUUACAGUAGUAAUAUGAAUAAAAUUUUAUACGAAUGUGUAGCUUAAAGACAUAAAUGUUUGGCAGUUUUGUGAUAUAUGCUAGAAGAAUUACACUGAUCAAUGAUGGGAGCAGUUUCGUUUGGCACAAACCCCACAGUCUGCUCUCAAAGCAACUGCAAAACGUUGAGACAGAUGCUAGGGUCCGCCUUGCUGGGAAGGUACAAGCUAAUAGAAUUUUCAAAAGGCAUUCUCCAGAUUUAAAAAAAUAAUCAAAAUAAGUUGUGGAGUUUGUUAGCUAGAGAAAAUUUUACCUGAAUUGAAUUAUGUAUUAUAAAAAACCAUACUUAGGUGCCCUGAAGUAAAUUAAAUGCAGCUCAGUUGUACCGUUGGCAAGCUUUAGGCUUAUAAAUCACUGCAGCAUUUAUUAGAUUGCUAACUGGUUCCUUUUUAAGGUCUCUGUUCUCGUGAAGUUCUGUUGUGAUCUACGUCUAGUAACUUGAUGGAACUUUAUCUUAAAGCAUUUAACAGGUGCAUUUCAGUAUGGUAUGGUACUCAUGCUUCUUACUUGCUCGGGAAUGCAUUUUCUUGUAAAUAGAUAAGGCAUGCAAAAAAACACUUAAAAAUGCAUAAUUUAAUAUGCAACUCUGAUGGCAUAUAAAAAGGUUGGCAAGAAUCUUCCAAUGGCUGCCAAUAAUCAAUGCACUUUUCUGAUCUAUUUAUAGUUUCUUAAUGAAAAAAAAAUACACCAGCUGUAAAAGUGAUGUGACUUGAUAUAUAUCAGUUUAUCUGUGGAGCUUUUUCCAUGGUCACUGUUACUUGAAGCUCUUGAGCAUCUCUCAAAUUUUAUGAAUUACGGGCUAAUUCCUUUUGCUUUCAAAAGUGACAGUUUUCUCAGAUCUAUGCUUUUGGUAAGAACUCAUAAAUAUAAAACAGCCCUUAAAGCAUCAGAAGAAAUAUAAUCUCUUUAGGCUAUCAGUAUUAUUCAAAAAUAUUUUUCAUCUCUGGAACUUCAGACAAAGCAAAUAGCACAAGUUGGUUCAGAUUGAUUUUCUAUUGCUUUAAGUUGGAUUUGUUUAACGGUAGUGAAUUUUUUUAUGUAGCUUUGUGCAUUUACCCUUAAAAGGAAAAAAAGGAAUGGGUACUAAAUACAAUUGAAGUAUUGUAAAUCAGUAUAUUUUACAGUUAAUGUAAAUUAAGUGAUAGCCUUUCUCUUCUGCUGUCAUUUAAAUGUAUGAGCAAUAUCUAGUUAACAGCAUAUGAAUUAAGUUUGUGGAUUCUUAAAAAGCAGACUGCCAGUCUGAAUAUUAGCUGCCCGUAUUUUAAGAAUAGCGUAAAAACACCAGUGUGAAGAACUAUUACUGUGCCCCUAUGCAAACUGUUCAUACUCGGUAUACAUCAGACAGUUUAUGUAAGAAGCAAGAAUUUAUAGUAGUUACACAGUGUGCUUUGUUGUAUCGGUCAUUUUGGAGAUUAUCAACUUACUUGUACAGUGCCAAGAGGAGCAGAGCAUCAUCCUUGCUUCAGAUGCUCCUGUAAUAUAAUAGAUAAAACAUGUAUAAACCAAGCCAAUUCUUAGGCAAUUUCCUGAGGUUUGUUAACAGACACUUUAAAGUAACUACAGUAAAAGCAGUUAUCCGUGAUGUUUUGAUGUAACGGCUGUGCAUUUAUAGAGCUGUGUAAGGACAGGCAACAACUUUAAUUGCAUUUUCUCACCAAUGGAGCAAGUAUUUAUAUAGUGGGCAAGUGUAACUGUUAUACUACACUUAUUAUUCUAAAGAUUAUUAUUACUAUUAUUUUUGUAUCUUAGAAAGUCAAUGUAAUAGAAAUUUAUUAGAGAUCUGCUACUUUAAAGCAAUUUUUGUCAUUUGCUUACAUGUGUAUUUAUUAGGAUGUAUCAUUUAGCAUGUGUCAGUGUUGUGGUGGAUAAUGUUCUCCUAGUGUUUGACCAGCAGUGAAUGCUUUGGUGUUUUGUACAAUGCAUUAUUUGAUCUUAAAUCCCCUUUCAUAAACAGUGCUUGAAAUUUGUUUUGCGUUCCUUUCCCAACAUACUUAACAGUGGUACUCUGAAGACACAGAAAAAGAAACUCCCACAAUACUUGGGAACUUGGUUAAAAACUAUAAAUCUAAAAUAACAUCAGUUUAAAGGUUCUUCUGAAGCACAUUUUAUAAUCUUACUCUGCUUUGACACCAGAAAUUCCAGUUGCUUGCUAUUUCCAGAGCAGCUUAAUUAGCAAGGCUGUUUUAUUCACUCAUUCUUCAAUAAAACACAUGCAGUACUAAA